AGAAAAGGGAAACGCAACGUCACUGAACAUGGCGGACACGUCAGAUUAUCCCAGAGGUUCUUCCUUCAUGGAUCCAUUAAAAGGGAUUUUAGUGGCUUAUUUUAUGCCAGAAUUGUGCUACGAUAAGUUCUUCCUGGAUCUGGACUUCCUGGACGUGCCAUGUGUGAAGAUGGUAGUGAGCAAAGCUCUGGGAAUCGGCAUCAUCCUGGGAUCAGUUCUGGGUAAAACCUCCAUCUUCCAUCUUUAUUGCUUCUCAGUCAAGAAACGCUAAACUCAUUUGUUCGUUGGAUAAUUUCAU